AUGGCAAAGGUUGAAGACGAUGGGAAAGGGGAAGACGAUGGGAAAGGUGAAGACGAUGGGAAAGGAGAAGACGAUGGGAAAGGUGAAGACGAAAAGGUUAAAGCAAUGGGAAAGGUGAAGACGAUGGGAAUGGCAGCUUCAAGAAAGGAACGCCGUUCGGUUUCAACGGAAGGGGCGACGGCGGCGAAGGCCGAGGUUGUAGUGGGAGAGCUCGUGAUUAUAGUGGUUCUGGUUGUAAUAGUGAUGGAGGGGGAAGCUGUGGGGCUAGCGGUGGUUGUAGGGGAGAGUUUGAACUUGGCAGCCAACACGAAGGCUAGGCGGCGGGUUGACCUGCCGCCCCCGACUCGUAGCCACUUCCGCCGUACGCCCUCCGCUCCACCUUCACCCCCCGUUCUCCUUCGCGUCUCUACCUGGCGCCGCCCCGCUUCCGCCCGUCGUCCCCUCCUCCCCACCCACUUCGCCUCCACCCGCGCCUUCUGCACAUCCUCAGCUCCCCUCCCUCCGCCUACGGCCUCACUCUGCCUCAACCGCGCCCCCACCCCACCUGCGCCCCGCCUCCACUUCGCCUUCCUUCCUCUCAUCCUGCCUCCGUCGCCGAGCCUUCCCCUCACCCAUGACUGUAUUCGUGCUGUCACCUCCAUCUCCACCUCCAACCCCACCACUGGUUCCCCUCCCCCGGCGGUGGCGCGCCAGCGUUUCGCCUUCCGGGCACAAGACGCAGCGCCCGCCGCCCAGGAAAUUGCGUCGGCGGCCUCGGCAAGCACGCGGCAGCACAAUGCCCUCGAAGUAGCACAAAUCAAUCCGGGGCAAAGGUGGUCCGGUGCGGAGCAAGCGUGCGGACGCCGUGAAAUAUGGGUCUCUGAAUCUGGACUUCGCUUUGUUCCUGGAAUCUGA